CUUCCCAUCACCCCUCACUAGAAAGUCAUUACUGACUCUUACUACACUUACCACUAAACUAACCACCCCCCUCUCUCUUCCUUCCCUGUCCUUCUUCUCUUAUCUCCCCCCGCCUCUAGGGUCUAGUCUUCUUCUCCCCUUUCUUCUCUUUUAUUUUCUUCUCCUUUCUCCUCUCCCUUUUCACCAUGUCUCAAUCAGCUUCGACCCCUCCCCUUCAGGAUCCCCAUGCCACCACCGCCGCCCAAGUCGCCGGACAGUCCGCCUCCAAUCCCACCCGCGCCACCGAACUCUCCAAUCUUAAAAUAAGCCUGCGCGGUGCUCUGCGCCAGUUCCCCGACUUCCCGCUGCCCGGCAUCCUGUUCGAGGAUAUCCUUCCGAUUUUCGCCAACCCUACUCUGCACGAGGCCCUCCUCCGCUGCCUCGAGCUCCACAUCCUCGAGAGCAAUGGCAACCAGAAGCCCGAUGUCAUCGUCGGUCUUGAGGCCCGUGGCUUCUUGUUCGGUCCCAGCCUGGCUCUGAGACUCGGUGCUGGCUUCGUUCCUGUUCGUAAGCAGGGCAAGCUUCCCGGUCCUUGCGAGACCCAGGGCUACCAGAAGGAGUAUGGCGAGGACUUCUUCCAAAUGCAGUCCGAUGCCAUCAAGCCCGGCCAGAAGGUCCUUGUCGUGGACGAUAUCAUUGCCACCGGCGGUUCGGCUUAUGCCGCUGGAGAGUUGAUCAAGAAGAUGGGCGGCGAUCUCAUGGCCUUCGUUUUCAUUCUCGAACUCGAGUUCCUCAAGGGACGGGACAAGCUCUCCGCCCCCGUCCACACCCUUCUGACUGGCCAGGAAGAGAAGGUCCUCUGAAUUCAAAAAUAAAGCAACCAUGCACUGUGUUGCCGCUCUGAUUUAUUCGUUGGGUGGUCCGGUUUCAGUCCAAAAAAGUACGCAAAGUCAGAAAAGAGUUCAUCCCGCCGGUAUGACCCGCCUGGACGGAUCGCUGGGGGCUCGGUAGCCAGGAUAUGAUGCCGUGCGUCAUCAUGCAAUUGGUCGAUGGCCGGUGUGACCUCGCUGCAUCGCCAGCUCUUGGCUGAGCCCCCCGACGGAUGGUCUGCCAGCGUCGGAGAAAGUUGAAAUCUAAAAGUUGCUCGCCAUCAAGAACGACUGGCGUUCCUGGACUGGUGUCUUCCGGCAUUCUGAAGUGAAACUACUCGAUAAUGAUCAUGAGUGGUUCUUACGCGUCGGACGGUGCUGCGCAUCAGUUAUAUUUAUAGACCAUGAAAAUGCUAUUUAUUGACGAUACAUCUAGUAUAUAAACAUCUGUCCUAGUAGUCAAUGCACGUGAAAUCCAUGCC